CUCUCUAUGCACAGAGACCUCCUCUCCUCCCAUGUCUCCCACUCGUAAAACAACCCUCCUCCUCCUCUUCUCCCUCACCUCCCUCUCUCUCCUCCCCUCCGCCCUCCCAUCCCCCACCACCAUCGGGGUCACCUACUCCCCCCCCAACUCCACCGCUCCCGGCCCCCUGCCGCCGCUCGACCGCGUCGCCGCCGCCGUCUCCGCCCUCAAGAUCCCCUCGGUCCGCCUCCUUGACCCGACCCCGCGGCUCCUCCGGGCCUUCCUCUACUCCAACACCUCCCUCCUCCUCUCCGUCCCCAACGCCCUCGUCCCCUCCCUCGCUGCCAACCGCUCCGUCGCCCUCUCCUGGCUCUACCGCCACGUAGUCCCCUUCCACCCCCGCGCCCGGGUCUCCGCCAUCUCUGUCGGCAGCAACGUCCUCGACGCCCGCCCCAACUACGCCGGCCUCCUCGUCCCCGCCCUCCGCAACCUCCAGUCUGCCCUCCGCGACCUCGGCAUCCGCGACGUCAUCGUCUCCACCACCUUCUCCUUUGUCAAUGUGAUGACGACCACGUUCCCACCGUCCGCAGCCAGGUUCCAGGAGCCCUUCGCAGAGGCCGUGAUAAAGCCCCUGCUCGCUUUCCUUAGGGACACCAACUCUUCUUUCAUGGUGAACAUCUACCCGUACAAUCUCUACCGGCUCCGCUGCGAGAUCCCGCUAGGUUUCGCUCUUUUCCAGGAGCACCCCUUCAUGUACAGGGACGACUUGACGACAGGGGUCCGGUACCGAAAUCUCUUCGACAUGAUGGUCGAUGCAGUAAUUGCGGCGAUGGCAGUUGCAGGGCACGAGAACAUCCCGGUGAUUGUGGCUGAGACAGGGUGGCCGAACUCGAGUCCCGACGCAACAGAGAUCGACGCCAACGAGCUCUACUCUGAAAUGUACGUGAAGGGCCUGUUAGGCCACUUGAGGUCGGGGCAAGGGACGCCAUUGAGGAAGGAAGGUGUCGCAGAGGCUUACGUUUACGAGCUGGUUGAUGAGGAAGCAAACGGGACGACGAGCCAAGCUCACGCGAGAAACUGGGGGAUCUUGUAUGCGAAUUUCAGCGAGAAGUAUGAGGUUCAGUUCUCUUGCGCCGGCUAUUGUGGGUCGCCGGAGGAGUUGUUGAUUGGGUUCGUGGUGAUGCUGCUGAUUCUGGUCUGGUUGAUAUGGUAUGUGCCGAAUUCUCCAUGGUGAUUCCGUUUCGACGGGGUUUGAUCUCGUUCUGGCUCUUCUCUUCGAUUCAGUUGAUCAUUCACGUCCACAUUUUGGGUUUGAAUCUCUGAUCGUCUAGCACUUGCAGUAGCUGAUUCCAUUGUGUUUCUCUGUUCUUGUGAUAUGAUCUUGACUUUGAGGUGGUUCUUUCUUUCUUUCUGUUUUUUGUGGGGAUGGUCUAGUCCUUUUCCUUCUGUUGUUAGCUCAGAGUAACAAGUUCCUGCAAAUUUAAUGGAAUGCUAUGGCGCUGCUGCCGCUGUUACUGGUUUCUUGAAUGCGA